ACCGUGUGGCGAUGGCGCCCAGGAUGACACAGCCCAGGGUUCGAUCUUUGCAGCCCCCUCCGGUUUAUCGACAUCGAUGAGUGGAGCUCUACCAUUGCCACUGCCGGACAGAAAUAAACCCUCAGCCAAUGGCAGGACACGUCCUGAAUCGGACUACGUGACACUCACGUACACCGAGGAUGGUAUGCUGGAUGGCAUCGUACCGUUGGAGGGGGAACAGUUUUGCUACAAUGAUGAGAGAUCGCGAUUCUCUCCGAAGGUCGUUCAGCAGAAGGGAGCGAACCAGAUGCUACAGCCACUGCUACACAACAGUGACACCAACAUAAGCUAUCAUCGCGAUACACCGGCCACUACUGGAGGAACAGCGAUGGCACCAGCAGCAGCAGUAUCAAUGGAUACUGCGAACAAUACCAAACCGGUAUCGCUCGAUACGCAGUCCGACAUUGUGCGACCGUUCCAGGAGGAGCAGGAAUCGAAUGACGGAGCAGACGGAGAACUAAACGGAAACAUGCUGCUCGAGCGUCAAGGUAGUCUCAACAUGAAAGCAACGAGCAGCAGCAACAGUAAAGAUGGCCAAAAGAGUAUUCUGCAGCGAUUCAUGUCGCUGCACUCAUCCUUAUCACCGAGUGUGACACCUGCCGGGAGUCCCUCCGGUAGUGACAGUAAUCUGUUUCGCUUUCCGUUGAAUCGGAAACUGUCGGAACCGAAUGGUGGCGGUGGUUAUUCGGAACCGGGCUCGCUUGGCCACAUCUAUAAGCAAGGUAGCGUAGAUUUAGGGUCCCGGAUCGCAAACCUUGACUAUGCCGAUCCGCGCACACUCUUUACUGGGACCGGGUGUGGUGGCAGCAACAAUGUGCUCAUCAACCGAGACUCCAUCAAGUCUAUGCUGCUGGACCAACAGCAUCAGCAGCAGGAAGAGGAACAACAGAAGCAACUGCUUCGCGACUCGGUGCUGGCAUCGAGUGCUUCCUCGUCUUCGUCCAGUGAGAGUGUUGGUCAGCAAGAUGGGCGAGAGAUGAUGGGAGACGAGGAGCAGCAGCAGCAGCAGCAGCAGCAACAACAGCGGCAUGUCCUGGAGGACGAGGACGAUGAUGAGAGCUGCUGCUUCUACGAGCGCACCGUCGAGGAGUGUCUCGAGCAGGACUUUCGCGAUUCGGCCGUCUACAGUGGGGACGAUAUCGAUCGGCGUAUGAUGGCUGCCGCAGCGGCGGAGCCUGAGACAAGCGGCAGGAAGCAGGAACAGUCGGAUGAGGAACAUCUGUACGAGGCACUAACGCCUCCUAGCGAGAUUCCAGUGGAUCGGGUUAGCAGCAGUAACGUGGUGACGGCCAUUGUCUCUCCUCCACCGAUUCCGGUGAAACCGAGCCACCUGCUCAGUGAUGUCUGCCGACCGAAAUCGUUUCGCCUGCCUAGCGUUGUCAAGGCAACGGCAGCUGCUGCUGCUUCUAUGAUGCCUUCACCACCAGCAUCACCUGCAUCACCGUCAUCGAGUCCUUUGAUCAAUCCGAAACCACCAACAACCAGCAGCAACAACAGCAGUCGUGGUUGGGUUUUGCAGCAAGUCAGACGCUUCCAGUAGUUAGUAGAUGCAGGGGCAGGGGAGGCGGGUCAACCGUUAUCAUUCUACAUGUUUUAAUGUGAACUUUCACUCUAGGUUUGCCAUUAACACGCGCCAUGUGUAUGUUUUUUUUUAUAGCUUGUGUAUCGUAUUGUGUAGCGUUGUCCGCAUCCCACCACCGUCUCCUUGUUGAUGAUGUGAUGCCAAAGAGGAAGCUUUUAAUGGAUUUUACUUGAGGGGGGAAGAUUCCUUAUCGAGCAAUCAGUGUGUGUAUUAAUCAUUCGUUAUCUGCAAUUUUUAUAGUCAUUAAGUAGUUGAAAUAUCCACACACACAUACACAAGAAUGCAAUACAGUUCAGCUUAGCUUAGCAGUACCGCUCUAAAGCAACUAACAGAGGGCUCUCGCAUAGAAGGGCGAGGGUUUUAUGGUUUGGUGAUUUCAAAGUGCAAGUAAGUUCAACGUGGAUGCGUAUUUAUGUGUUGUUUUAAGAUGUAUUUGAACUGGAGUUCAAGAAUGAAGAGGAAGUGAAUGUUUUGUGAAUUUAAAGAAAUAUAUCAAUAUGUAUUAGCAUAUCAAUGCAAAGCAAA